CCCACCUAUAAUAUACAAUAUAUAUAUAUAUAUAUGUCCUCUCAUAAUACAUGCCACAUCAAUCAAAACACAAGGAAACUUUGUUUUUCUCCCUACUUCUGCUAUUGUGAGAGACGGGCAAGCAUCAAUGGCGCCUGUUCUCAAUGGCAAAUCCAUCUUCCUGGCCAUUUUCAUCUUCUCUCUUCUAUUUCUUCCGUUAUCACCUAGCGACGCUGCUCGCACGCCUCGGAUCCCGACAGGUUCUAUAAGUACGAAACGCCCGAUAUGCCCAGCUUGCGUGUGUUGCGAGCCGCCGCCGCUAGGAUCAUGCUGCAGAUGUUGUCCAUCGCCCAUUCAAACUCAAUCUCAUCACUCUCAGUCUCCAUAACACAGAGAGAAGAAUUCGGAAUUAUGCUUUUUGUCGUUCUGUUUAGCGUCUCGUAAUCUCUUUCGUCUUUAGCAAUAAAUCUGAAUUCUGACA